GAAAAACUUCUUUAGUCACGUAAUAGACACGCAUGAGUCGAGCAGCAGGAUCAGCUGUCAGGGAGCCGUUCAGUCAACAAAAUCGUAACAAGGUGGAAUACAUACAUUUAACUCCAUAUUUUACUUCAUUAAUCACAUCUCCUGGCAUGGAACAAGCAAAGCAGGAGGCCUUCGAUCAAGCCAGACUGCAGGUGAUCAAGGAUGGGUAUGAGAAGGCGUUUGAGUGCAUCAAUAAAGCUCUCACCGAGGACGAGGCAGGGCACAGGGCAGAGGCACUCACUAUGUAUCGGCAAGGACGACAGCAUCUCCUCCGGGCCAUUAGUGUGCCCUCGCAAGGAGAGGAGUGUGUCGGGCCUUCCUGGGAAGCGGCUAGGCAGAAGCAGCGCAAGAUGCAGGAGACCUUGAUCAACAUCACCACCCGUCUAGCCAUGCUGGAGACCACCUCGGACAUCUCUGAGAGCAGCAGAGCGGCCCCUCAGAAGCUUUACCCUGAUGUCCCAAAAGCCAAACCAGAGAGUCCAAUUCCGCCACAGGUGCUUGUCUCUAACGGCAGGGUUUCAGGGGCUGCAGGUGGGCCUCCGGCUGGGAUGCAGGGGCCUCCCCAAAUAUCCCCCACAACUCAACACAAUAUUUUAAGCGAUCAGCCCCCUAUGUACACGCCACAAGCUGCUGAUGGGCACCUGAGCAUUUCUUAUGGCACUGACUCAGGCGAGCUCUCCCUUGUUGGUGAUGAGUUUUACAGCAAUACAUCUAAUUCUACACCUUCUCCUCAGAGCCUGGGGGAGGAUGGAGAGGAGCUAUUUUUCCUCCCUCAAGGUGUGCAGAUCUUCUUUGUAACCCCAGAGGGCCAAGUAAGUGCUCCUUCUUAUCCAGGGUACCUACGCAUCGUAAAGUUCACCAAUGAACGCUCAGAAAGGAUUCCAAACAGACCACCUGCCUUCCUUCAGGUUUGUGACUGGGUUUACCCCUUGAUGGCCACUGACUCCCCGGUCCUGCUUUGCAACACGGGGGUCUACAUGUUCCCAGACAUGAUGGCUCCCACCCCGGGCUCGUACGUUGGGGUGGUCCUUUCUUCUGAGCUUCCUCAAAGUGAACGAGAGACCUUCCAGGACCUCCUCUCUCAGAUGACUGACUUGCGUGUUCAGAUUUCAGGUGUUUUUGAGAGGUUAAGAGAUUUAUUUAACAAGGUAUCAGAUGGUGAAACAGAUACCAUUAACCUGGGACAGAAGGUGCUGAUGGGGCCUCCUGCAGCUGAAGCAGCGCCCUCUGCUGCAGAGGAGGAAAAGGUACUUCCUGAAUGGAGCGAGAAGGUGGCCCAGGGGAUCCUGACAGGGGCUUCAUGGUUGAGCUGGGGGUUGGUGAAGGGGGCGGAGUAUACAGGGAAAGCCAUCCAUAAAGGUGCAUCCAAAUUACGAGAGCACAUCACCCCAGAGGACAAACCAGCCAAUGUCAGCCCAACUGUAGCCAAAAGCCUCCAUGUAGCCAAACAGGCCACAGGUGGAGCUGUGAAAGUCAGCCAGUUCCUUGUGGAUGGAUUGUGCACUGUCGCUGGCCAUGUCGGCCGAGAGUUGGCGCCCCAUGUAAAGAAACAUGGAGGAAAACUCAUUCCAGAAUCUAUGAAGAAAGACAAGGACGGACGCUCCAAUAUUGAUGGUGCCAUGGUGGUUGCAGCCAGUGGAGUUCAAGGAUUUGCAACGAUGUGGAUGGGAUUAGAAGUUGCAGCAAAGAACAUCACAAAGAGUGUUGCGACAGAGACUGUUACCACUGUGAAACAUAAGUAUGGGGCUGAAGCGGGCCAGGCCACGGACCACGCUGUCAACUCGGCCAUCAAUGUGGGUGUCACUGCCUUCAAUAUCGAUAACCUUGGAAUCAAGGCAAUGGUGAAGAAGACGGGCAAAGAGACCGCCCAUGCCAUUCUGGCAGACUAUAAAGUACAUGAACCAAACAGUCAAGUUGAAAAACAUAAAGACCAAAAAUAGAGUUCAGAUUUUUCUGACCUCUUUCGUUUCAGGUGUCCAUUUUUAAGAGCAAACCACAGGUCAUGCUUUCAAAAGACAUUGAUUUUUGCAGUUGUUCUUUUGAUGUUGGUGACACCAAAAUCCAAAGACUUUAAUGAGACUACUUCAGUAACUACAGUUAACUGUGCGUUAUGUUUAUGCUACUGCUGUCUCUGCACUGCAUACUAUUGACUAUAUCAUAGGGUAAAUGAUAAAUGUACUUUUAAAACAAGUUGACUGACAGCCUUACCUGGCAGACGGUAUUUAUGAUCUUGCCUUACACUUCAUCAGCAAAGUGAACUGAAUAUAUCACCUUGGAUUAAGCCAAUGAUUUAUUGGGAUCUACAAUUUAGUUGGGUCAUAUUAAAACCUCAACAAGUUUGCAUGGUUUGUUUCUUAUAAAUGAAAACCUAAAACACAGUGCAAGCCAAAGUCAUACUUGUCCUGUUUUCCCAUAGAGCCUUAACAAAUAUAAUAUUCUUGUAUUGAAUAUUAAUAUAAAUACAAAUAUAUUUAAGAUGUUUAUAAUAUCUUUAUUAGAAUGCUUUAUGGUAUAUGUUUUGUAUCUGCAGACCAGUUUGCUCUCGGUACUUAAUGGAAGUAAUUUUGUUUACAUUUUUUUUUUUAAAAGCACUUUAAUCCCUGAUAGGACCAGACAUGAACAUUUUAGUAGGCUGAUGGGUGCAAGAUUUACCUGUGCAUUAAAAGUGCAAAGAAAAAUAUCAUUGCAUUUAGAGUUUAAGAUGUUUAACAUUUUGAGGUCAGAUAUUGUGAAGUAUAUUAACUGGAAGCCGGGGGGGGGGGGGAUAUUAAAAAUAGUAUUUUCAAGUUAAAAUAUAUAUUUUUAAUGAAAGAGGCAUACAGUAUAUUUCAUACUAGCUACAUGAAUCUGUAACACACCAGAUAUACAGAAUGAUGUUCUCCCAGUGUAGAGAUUAAUCUUUUAGAGAUCAUGAAAAAUAUUGACUGUCUGCACUUUUUCUUUCCCUUAAAAAAAUAAAUAAACUUGACUACUGACUACAUUUCCAUGUAAUUAUAGACAUACAGACAAUUCAAAUAACUUUGAAUGGUGUCAUAACAUUUUACAUUUCACUGUAAGCAUUAAGAGGCCCUAAAUGUGUUUUCAUGGUUUCAUGAAUGUUUUCAUGGAUAUUUGUAGGUCUUAUUGCAAUAUGUCUCAAUUAUAUGUGCUGACACUGUAAAUGAUAUUAAAGUAUAGAAAGUUUAUCCAGAAGUCAGUUGGUUUGCUUAAUGAUAAAGAUUCUAGCCUAUGGUUAUCUAACACAAUAAAUUAGACAUUUAAAACAUAUAAUCUGUUGUGUGCAAUAAUUUAAACAUUUAGAUAUAUUAAAGUUUUAUAUAUAUAUUAAUGGUGCAAUAAAAUAAUUGUUAAUGCAUUCAUUAGACCUAGCCAAGAGGUUAUGAAGAUUUGAGGUCAAACUAGCAGGUUCCUUGUGGCCUGAAACGGCAACAUUAAAAUUUAUUUUAUGUUAAGUUCACACAUUAGGUCAAUAUUUCAUACAUUUGUUUUCUGUGUAUGUGGUCAAUAUUUAAUCAAAUCUGGCCUGUGUGCAAAUUAAAACUGAAUGCAUAAGUCUUGUAGCUGGUUAAAGGUAUAGUUCACCCAAAAAUGAAAAUUCAUAAUUUUCUCACCCUCAAGUCUUACCUGUCUUCUGUUGAACACAAACACAUUUUUUACAAAAUUUACAUUUAUGCAUUUGGCAGACGCUUUUAUCCAAACCCAAAAAUAUAUCAGCUGUGUAGGUCCAUACAAUGCAAGUGAAUGGUGACCAGAACUUUGAAGGUCCAAAAAGCACAUAAAGGCAGCAUAAAAGUAAUCCACACGACUCCAGUGGUUAAAUCCAUAUCUUCAGAAGCGAUAUGAUAGGCGUGGGUGAAAAACAGAUAUUUAAUAUUCAAUUUUAAUAUCAUUUCUGUGCCACCAAAUGGAAUUGCAAAAAUAAAUUUUUCUAAAUAUGCCCCCAUCUGCCUUUGGUCAAACAAGGAGAUAGUCUCAUCACCAACUCACGCCAUUGGUUGAGUAACGUUGUUGGGGCAGGUCAAAGUAGGUCGCUCAAAACAAACAGAAAUUUUCAUAGAGCAACAAACACAGUGUUUGCAGUUUUCAAGAAAAUUAACCUAUGAAAGGCUAACUAAUAGUUGUCUCAGCAUAUUAAGCUGGGCUAGGAGAAAGUAUUUUAACAGAAAAAGUUACAUACUUCAGCUUUAAGUCCUUUUUUACUAUAAAUUCUCCUCCCUGCUCAGUAGUUGGCGAUAUGCACAAAGAAU